GGGUAAGAAACAGAGACUUUAACUGUCCUUAUGAAGUAAACUUUGAACAACUGAACCUCUUAGAAGUGAUUUAGCUCUGUAAGAUAACUUUGUUGGCGUUUCUGUCUGUAGGCUGAGAGCAGAGGAGAUACUUCAGACUGCUGUCCUGACCUGACUGGGCUCUGGCUGAUUCCUGCUUUAACACAUCCACUAACACACAGGUAAGAUGGCAGAGAAGGUGCUGGUGGUUGGCGGCGGUGGACGGGAGCACGCCCUGGCCUGGAAGCUUGCCCAGUCUGAGCAGAUCCAGCAGGUCCUUGUGGCCCCGGGGAACGCAGGGACGGCUAACUGUGGAAAGAUCAGCAACUCUGAGGUAUCAGUGAGUAAUCACACCAUCCUGGCUCAGUUCUGUAAGGAUCACCACGUGGGGCUGGUCCUGGUCGGACCUGAGGUGCCACUAGCAGCAGGUAUCGUAGACGACCUGACGGCGGCUGGAGUUCCCUGUUUCGGCCCGUCUGCUAAAGCAGCUCAGCUGGAGGCCAGCAAAAGCUUCUCCAAAGCCUUCAUGGAGCGUCACGGCAUCCCUACGGCCCGCUACGGCUCCUUCACCGACAAGGAGGAGGCCUGCAAAUACAUCCGCACGGCCGACUUCCCAGCGCUGGUGGUGAAGGCCAGCGGGCUGGCAGCGGGGAAGGGAGUCAUAGUGGCGAGGGACCGGGACGAGGCCUGUCAGGCUGUGAUGGACAUCAUGAAGGACCGAACCUUUGGAUCUGCAGGAGACACUGUGGUGGUUGAAGAGCUCCUGGAGGGAGAGGAAGUGUCUGUGAGUGAAACCUUCAAC